UAACUAGUAAAGUAACGCAUUACUUUUUAAUUGACAAGAAAAUAUCUGAGUUACUUUUUUCAAAUACGUAAUGCUAGUUACUUUUUUAUUGAUUAAAAGCUCUGCUUUCCCCAUGUUGAGAGAAAUCGGGAGCAAGAUGUUAGUUCUAGAAUAAUUAUAAACAUGCAUUAAUUCAUCUCACUCACAAAAAACAGAUUCAGUAUUCCUUAAGAUUAAUAAAAACAGUGAAACUCAGAAUAUGACGCAAACCUGCAAUAAUAUAAUACAAACCAUACAACCAUACUAAUAAGCAAAAAUUACUCAAGAUAAUCUAACAUUUGUUUUUCUUUUUUAUUGCUGAAGAGUUGAUAUUUUUCUUCUGUGUUCUACUGUACAGACGUCAACUUACUUUUUUCAAAGCCUGAGGCUUUUGGUGUGAAAAGGCUUUUACAUUUGCCAAAAAUAGAACUUUUUAUAUUGAAAACAAACAAGCCCUACCCAUUUUUUUUUUUUUUAAAAAAGGAACACAAAAGUAAAGUAACGCAUUACUUUCCAUAAAAAGUAACUAAUUAGUUACUUUUUUAGAGAGUAACUCAAUAUUGUAAUGCAUUACUUUUAAAAGUAUCUUUCCCCAACACUAGUAACCAGUUUCCAUAAACAUACCAUAAUGACUAUAGUUCCUGUAAAAUUAACCAUUUAACCAAACUAAUAUAAAAGCUCAUGUAAAGAGUGUAAGAAGCUUUCAAAAUCUUUUUGUCAUUUUUUUUUUUUUUUUUUUUUUUUAAGGGUUAAAGAAUUAAACAUUACGCUUUUGUAUUGGCUUUCGUUCUGAAAAUGGUUUUGGGAAGCCACUGGUUUCAAAACAUUUUAACCACCACCACGGUGUAAUUAAAAUACAUAUUCUUUAACUCUCUUGGCUUUUAUUUUCUGUUUUCAUGAGAUGCUAAAAUUAAUCAGAACAAGCAUUUGAUGCUCACAUUUUACGAUCUGAUAUAUUAAAAUGCAUUUUUGCUUCACUUUUGCUAACAAAAACACAAUUAUGCAGCCCUUUUUUUAUUUUAAGCAUAUUUGGAAUUAAUGCAAAGGACAAAAUAAGUAAUUGCUUUAAACACAUGUUGCAAUUUUUCCACUGCUGUAGUGCAAGUUCAGUCGUCAGGUUAACAUUCCGAUAUAAACGUCUUUUUCGCCAUGACUACAGCCUGUUAUUGAAUAUACCGGUGCAUAUUUUGACGUAAAUAUUUAGUUAUGCAUGGUUGUGUAAUAAAUGAAUAUAAAUUUCAUACAUGCACAUUGAUGCCAUAUCAUAUAUCUCGGACACGUACUUCCGGUGAUAGCGGAAGUACCGCCGCACGUCCAUUAAAAGCAAAAUUAAUGGCUUUUGUAUAAAUACUGUCAAAUAUAGAAGAACCGCGGACAAAUGAAGAGUUCGCACUGACAAAUGAUGCUUAACAUCGAACAAAGAGGCAGCGAGCACCGUACGUGAGCGGACAUUGGAGUUGUUUCUCCCGAAUGAAGGGGAGGAGGCUCAACAUGGAGGACUGCUUGCACACUUCCUCUGACAACCUGGCUAAGCUGGUGAAAUGGGCCCACAGUCACGGCACGAUCUGCACCUUGAUCCCGAACCUCAAACACAUGCUGAACGAGGGCUCUCACGGAUCCCUGACGGCCCUGUGGGGCUGCAGCGCAGGUCACGCCUACCACUGGCCCCUCAACACCACCUGCAAAAAGGCAAACAAGGAACGCAACCAAGAAAGCCGAAGCAUCAACACGGAGAGCAUGAUUCAGGCGGUCGCCGUCAUGCAGAACACCUCAGAGCGCUUCCUCAGCGGUGGCGGGAAAAACAAGAGCGAUUCCGGCCAGGGCGAUUCCAGUCAGAUUCACGACUCGUGCGACAUUUCCAACUGCAGCGAACCCUCGGAGAUGGACGACAAUGGCGAGGAAUACAACAGCCACCUGUACGACAUCGUCUGCGAGUCCUCGGCUACCGACGAAGACGGCGACUCUGAAUUCAACCACACUUCGAACAUCACGCACAGGAAAAGAUCUGGAAAAGGCCCGGGAAAUGAGGACAGCACUGACCCGGCGUUGAAGAAAAUCAAACAAGAGAGAGGCGAAGACUACUACAGUGUUGCCAAUCCUCAGAUGCCAAGCAGCUCGGACGGUAACCGCUCUACUGGAGGCGUUACGCAGUCGCCCAAGCCGAACCUUCAAAACAGACCGUCAUCCAGGUCUUCGAUGUCCCAGAAGCCUUCCUCUGUAGACGGGGACUCUAUGACAGUGUCCUCGUCUCCGUUAGACAACUCCCCUUCGUCUAUGAUCAAACCAUUGCGUGCGCCUUUCCACGCUACCCAGAAUAAAAUGCACAUGAACUCGAACCCAGCAUGCAGUCAGAGUAUGGCCACCUUGCCCCAUGCGGGAAGGAUUGACGCUAUGGGGGUGCUUCACAGGGACGAGUAUCCCAGGUCUUCUUUGUCUUACGGAGAGGCUUCCAUGGGUGUAAACCCUGAAAUGGAUCUUCUAGCAGCGCAAGCACUUAAUACAGAAGCUCGAACGGACAACACAGCAGACAUGGAUGAGCGAGCAUACCGAGAACAGAAUGAGAAGACCAUUCGCAGCACCCAAACAGCUCUUCGCAACUUUCGGGACUUCCUGGUUUCUAAGUAUCCAACCGAGACCAGAGAGAUAUACUGCAUCCCCUGCCAAGAGCUGGACAUCUACUUGGCUUCCUUCUUCGUGGAUGCACGCCAAAGGGAUGGCUCGGAGUAUGAGCCCAACAGCCUUGCCAACUACCAGUGUGGCCUGGAGCGUUAUCUGAAGGAGCAUCACUACGCCUACAGCAUUACAAGAGACCGGGAGUUCCAAAGAUCCCAGGAUGCCCUCAAGCAAAAGCAGCUGGAGCUCAAGUUCAAAGGCAAAGGCAACAAACCCCACAAGUCAAUGAAGCUGACUCUUGCUGACGAGUUGCUCCUAAGGAAACGGGGGCUUCUGAGUCGCUUCAACCCUGAGGGUCUGCUUAACCUGGUGUGGCUCAACAACACUAAGGCUUUUGGCCACUGUACUGGCUUCCAUAGCUCCACACUCAAAUGGGGUGACGUGCUCUUGCUUACCACAGAAACAGGACUAGAGUGUCUAGAGUGGACCUACCAGGAUUUUACUGACCCUAAUGCCAGAAACCGAAGGUCCACGACAGAGUUCCGCAUCUAUGCUACCCCACAUGCUCCUCAAACCUGCCCUGUUCAGGACUACAAGGAAUAUGCUCAGCGCAGACCUCAAGCAAUGCUCUUUGAAGAUGCACCCUUCUACCUGUCCAUCAAGCCUGUGGUCAACCUCGCCGCCCUGCACUGGUACAACUGCCAAGCUCUAGGAAAGAACAAAUUAGCAAAGAUGGUGAAGACCAUGUGUGAGAAAGGUAACAUUCCAGGGAGGAAGACCAAUUUCAGUGUUUACCAGAGUUGCAGCACCUUGUCCGAGGCCCAGAGCAAUCAGCUAGUCCUCAUCUGCAAUGACCUCAGGCAACAAGCCGUCCAGUCAGGGAGUUCCCAUCCUGGCAGCACCAACUUCGUCAUUACUGGUUCUUUUGACUCUUCUGACUCUGCUUAAUGUUGAAGUGUAAGUUUUGAGCAACUAGUAGCACCAAACCGAUCUGCUGUUUCCAAGCACUUUCCCAAACUCUUCUUCCGUCUUCCAUUUUGUGGACAAGUAGGUAGUCCUGGCUCAAAUGCAUGGCAUUCGUUGGGCAGGUUGUUGAUGUUUUGGACAGCUUAAACCAGGGCUAUCCAAACUCUGUCCUGGAGGGCCGGUGUCCUGCAGAGCUUCUACAACUUGCCUCAACACACCUGCCUGGAAGUUUCUAGCGUGCCUAGUAAAACCUUGAUUAGCUGGUUCAGGUGUGUUUUAUUAGGGCUGGAGUUAAACACUGCAGGACACCAGCCCUCGAGGGCCAUCCCAAAUGCAUGGCAUUCGUUGAGCAGGUUGUUGAUGUUUUGGACAGCUUAAACCAGGGGUCUCCAAAAUCAGUCCUGGAGGGCUGGUGUCCUGCAGAGUUUAGCUCCAACUUGCCUCAACACACCUGCCUGGAAGUUUCUAGCAUGCCUAUUAAAACCUUGAUUAGCUGGUUCAGCUGUUUAAUUAGGGUUGGAGCUAAACCCUGCAGGACAAUGGCCCUUCAGGACCGAGUUUGGAGACCCAUGGCUUAAAGUCAAGGUUCAGAUGAUUAGGAUGGUUCAGUUAGCCGCUGUUGACAGACGCCUUCGCCACGAGUUACCAACCUUCUGACAUGAAGUGCCAUUUUUAUUUUUUCCAUUUAAAAUGGUAUCCUUCCUGAUAUCCUUAUAUAUGCCAAGUGACUUUUUGGAGGACUCCUCAAAGCCUCAAAUGGACUUAUAUUUCUCCCCUGUCUGCUGCCUUCUGUGUCACUCAGGAUAGUCGCUUGCAAAGGGCUUGGGAUUAUGCGUGUUUUUGUGGUGCCAUCAGCCAAUCAGUUUUGUCAGCAUGUCACAAUGUAAUUUUGCAGUGGCUCCAGAGUUAUCAGUCACAUGACAUUCACAGCUCAAGUGGUUGGAUCAGAAAAAAAAUCUGUAUCUAGAACUGUCCAUGUACAAAAGGGGCUUUUACUCCAGAGUAACCUUUUCGUAGUUCCUAGAACUAGUGGCGGAAGUAUCCGCUUUUGGCAUGUUCACACUGCAGGAACUAAAAAUGGUUUUACUUCUAGGAACUGUUCAGGGGAACUAGUAGGGUCUAAAACAGAUCUAUAGGAACUACUGGUGACUUAAGUGUAUGCUGAUUGGCCAAACACAUACAAAACACCGGCUACCUGGAAUUUUUGAAAAGCUAAGUAAAAAUAUUUAUUCCACAAAUAUGGAAAACAACGAUAACAGCAUUUAGCUACCUGCUAUCUGCAGUGUUGUGUCUCGAUGAUAUGUAACACUGCAAGUUGUUGCAAGAGAUUUAGUCAGAUUGUUAUGCUCUUUCAAUCGCAUAUAUUGUGUGCUUACAUAUCACGAAACCCACGACACACAACAAAAACAGCUCCGAUCACAGCAUCCUCCAUUCACUGGUUGUUUCAUGUUUGUAAAUGCAGUGAAUAAAGACAACGCUGUCAGACACUUUAGAGUUCCCCCUGCCGGUGCGAAUUCAACCAGGAAAUAAACCCGAGGCGUAAAUUAGUUUUCUAGAAACCACCAUGCUGGCUAGUUCAUAGAACUGUACGCUGUGAAAGCCCCUAAAGAUAGUGGAUACUUCCAAAGGUCUUGCACCACCUGAGCAACUGCCAUUUGUGACCAUGGACCACAAAACCAGUCAUAAGAGUCAAUUCUUUGAAACUAAAAUUUAUACAUCAUCUGAAAGCUUUCUAUUGAUUUAUGGUUUGUUAUGAUAGGACAAUAUUUGUCUGACAUACAACUAUUUGAAAAUUUGGAAUCUGAGGGUGCAAAAAAAAAAAAAAAAAUCAAAAUAUUGAGAAAAUCACCUUUAAAGUUGUCCAAAUGAAGUUCUUAGCAAUGCAGAUUACUAAUCAAAAAUUAGGUUUUGAUAUAAUUCUGGAACAUGAUCUUCACUUAAUAUUAUAAUGAUUUUCGGCAUAAUUUUGAUCCACACAAUGUAUUUUUAGCUAUUGCUACAAAUACACCCAUGCUACUUAUGACUGGUUUUGUGGUCCAGGGUCACAUUUGGAUAAAUGGGAAUGCUAAUGGAUAGCUCUCUCUAGGUAUGGCUUGAAUAAACCAAGGAAAGGGCCACAGAGCCACUGUGUUUACACUCCUCAGAAUACCAGUAUACAAAUAGCUGCAUGGGACAGGAGAAAGUAUUUUACUGUUGGAAAACACACAAGGCAGCUUUAAAUUCAACUAUAUGAUUGUUAUAGGCCAUCGUUCAUGUUUCAGUGCUCUGUUCCUUUAGGUAAGCAUUAGCCAAGUCUUAACUGUUGUUUCCGUCAGUGUGUAUGAAACUAGGAUGUUGUCUUGUUGUCUUGAUUAUAUUGUAACUACACUUGUUUUAUGUGCAAUGCAAAAUAUUCAUUAUCCAACGCAGUAUUGACAACUAAGGCAUUUGGAUGCUAAUUUUGUGUUAUUGUAUUUUACUGUAUGUCAACAAUUGCGUGUUUGACGAUGAAGCUAAAAUGUCAAUCCAGUUAUUCCGUAUAUGUUGUGUAGACAUAUGAAUGUAGUGGAACGAAUCCUGCUAUCCUUCGUAUAUAUAUUCCUGUUUAGGAAAUGUUCUGUGUUAAUGUAGAUGUUCUCCUCAAUAGUAAGCACUUACCAGAUAUGUUUCAUUGUUAGAUACUGUUUGUGUUAGAUAUACUACAGAUAUGUGCCUGUUGAACAUAUGUGCCUGAUACUACAUAAUUUAUUCUAGAACAUACACAAGAAUUAUUUAAAAUUACAAUAACAAACAUGGUUACAAAUGAACAUGAGAAACCAAUAUACUAGCAUAAAUAAAGCAACCCUGUCAGACGAAUACAGAUUUUUUUUCUUUCUGGUUAUCUAAAAUGGCUCAGUUUUUAGAAGAAAUGAGUAACAUUUAAACUAUUUUGCAGCUCCAUUGUAAAAUUAGUUGUUGUGUUGUUAAACGGUGUUUUGCCCUUGGAAUUCAGAAAAAGAUUUUGUCUUUUUUAAACUAUUGUGGUCAUUAGAUGAUACUGGACCUGGAUCUUUUGGCCCAAUAAAAUAAUAAAAAAUAACAGAGGAAUUAUAUAAUAAACCAAUCACAUAUGUGACCCUGCACCACAAAGCAGUUGCACGGGUAUAUUUGUAGCAAUAGCCAACAAUACAUUGUAUGGGUCAAAAUUAUCGAUUUUUCUUUUAUGCCAAAAAUCAUAAGGAUGUUAAGUAAAGAUCACGUUCAAUAAAGAUAUUUUGUAAAUUUAUUACCGUAAUAUAUAAAAAACUUAAUUUUUGAUUAGUAUGCAUGGCUAAGAACUUCAUUUGGACAACUUUAAAGGCAAUUUUCUCAAUAUUUUUAUUUUUUUGCACCCUCAGAUUCCAGA